GGGGCUAGGAGUGAAAGCAAGAGGGGACAAUGUACACUCAGCCUUUUCAUCGCUCGACGGGAAGAUGGAUGAUUUUCGGAGGCCGUUGUCCCAGAGCCCCGGCUCGCUAUAGGGAGACGUCAGAGCGCUCGGGUCCGCGGUGGAGGACCCCCCCAGCGCCCCCGCUCGGGCUUGCAUAUAAAGUCGGGGCGUCGUGGAGGCUGCAGCAGUGGUGCAGCGGCAGCGCUCCUCCGAGGUCCUCCAGUCUUUCCAGCGCCAGGAGAGCGCACUCUCCGCGGAGCCUCGCUUCCCGCCUGGACCAUGCGCGGCCGCGAGUUCCCGCUGGUCCUGCUGGCGCUAGUCCUCUGCCAGGCGCCCCGGGGACCGGCCGCCCCAGUGUCGGUGGGCGGAGGGACCGUGCUGGCCAAGAUGUACCCGCGCGGCAACCACUGGGCGGUGGGACACUUAAUGGGAAAAAAGAGCACAGGAGAGUCCCCAUAUGCUUAUGAAGGAGGAAACAUGAAAGAACAGCUGAGGGAAUACAUUCGGUGGGAAGAUGCCACAAGGAAUUUGCUGAGCCUCCUAGAAGCAAAGGGGAUUGGAAGCCAUCAGCCCCCUCAAUGGGAGCCCCUGGGCAUUCGUCAGUCUACUUGGGAUUCAAAGGAUGGCAGCAACUUUAAAGACAUGGGUCCAAGACUCAAAGUUGAUGGACUCUCUGCUCCAGGUUCUCAGCAUGAAGGAAGGAUCCCCCAGCUGAACUGACAAUGACAAUGGUGAAUCUCUCUCAAACAAGAAAAAAACCAAACCCUUAAGACACUGCAUUCUACGGACAUCAGUCCCACUGGGUCAUCAACAAGUUUCCUUUGUGCAAAAUACUUAACUAUUCUUGUAUCUUUCAACUUUGACUAAAGUCAUGAUUUUCAAGCAGCAUCUUCUUGUUUGAACUUGUUUGCUGUGAAUAAUUGUCCAUAAAGAGUCUUCCAAUGAGCUCUCUUUACAUGUAGGCUCUUUGUCUAUUAGAUUCCAGUCCCCAACUGCUUACCAUUCACAAUAAAUCUUAAACAAAU